UCAAUUUUAAAACACGAAGAAGAACACCUCGCCUGACUGUUUCCAAGGAGACCACCGACACUACUGGGCGCUGGUCGGUGCCGAGAGGCAAAGACCAACGAGAUGUCAUUUUUAUUCGACUGGAUCUACAGGGGGUUUAGUAGUGUUUUACAGUUCUUAGGUCUGUACAAAAAGAAUGGGAAGCUGGUUUUCCUGGGUCUGGACAAUGCUGGUAAAACAACACUGCUGCAUAUGUUGAAAGAUGACCGACUAGGACAACACGUACCCACACUGCAUCCAACUUCUGAGGAGCUAACAAUCGGUGGCAUGACAUUUACUACAUUUGAUCUGGGAGGACACGUACAAGCUCGAAGAGUUUGGAAGAACUACCUUCCGGCUGUGAAUGGAGUCGUCUUUCUUGUAGACUGCGCAGAUCACGACAGACUCACAGAAUCCAAAACUGAACUGGAUGCUCUCCUAGCAGAUGAAACCAUAGUCAACGUACCAGUGUUGGUGUUGGGUAAUAAAAUUGACCGUCCUGAGGCUAUCAGUGAAGGAGGACUGAGAGGAGCUUUUGCUCUUGAUGGUCAGGUUACAGGAAAGGGAAACGUCUCAUUGAAGGAGCAGAAUGUUCGACCGCUGGAGAUUUUCAUGUGCAGCGUGUUGAAAAAACAAGGCUAUGGGGAAGGUUUCAGAUGGUUAUCACAAUACAUCGACUGACACGCGGGAUUGAAGCUUUACCAGAGGGGAUUUUCUUGACACGUUGAUGAAACGUGACAAAGAAUUUGUCUCUUUGCCGGUGUCGAUCAGCCCAAAUUUCAAAUCUAUUACUAAGAGCAUAUUCUUUUCAAUUCUUAAAAUAUGUAUUCAGGGUUUAAAGGUUUCUAUGCAAACUUUUAAAAGUGGUUCAUGGUGAACUGAGUGCUACAAAUGUGAGAGUUAACUGAGUUGUCCAACUGCAUGGUAUGUUAAUUAAGUUACAUCAUAACUGAUAUCAAUAAAGAUGCAGCCAUGCAUUGUGCAAGAAUGUAGUUAUGUAGACAUCAGUGUGCAUUAUUUAUUAUUUAAUAGAUCAAUGGCUUGAGUUGUUAUUUAUUAGGAAGUGAGUGAUUAAAAUUAAGGAUUCCUGCUGAUUGUGGAGACUAGUUGAAUGCUUAUCUGACAGAUUUUAAAGUAAUUAAUUAGACAAAUAUGUAAAUACAGAAGAUUAAUUGUAGUUUAUUUAAUCUAAUGAUACGCAGCCACCGCCUUCAAAGUAUAGAGCCAAAGAUGUAUGCUAAUGACUUUGGGAUUAGCAGGAAAAGAGAUAUAUUUAGAGAUAUCUUCCAGGCUGAGUACAGAGCCAAAGUAACAUCAAAUCCCUCUUAAAACCAAAAAAAAAGGAGAAAAGACAGCAGGUCCCACAAAUAAAGGCAAAGAUGAUGAAGUAAACUGAGUCAGACUGAAUGGCUCAUCGAUGAGUGUGUUGUGAUUAAUGUGCUGCUCACUUUCCUGUUAAUUUUUUGCUCUGACAGUUACAUCUUCUCCUAUACGUGCUGACCCAAAGUGAUGUUACAUGUUGUGUUGAAGGCAGCUAAGUUGAAGUGUGCUAGCUGGACUUAAAAAAGUCUUUAUUAUCUUUGACUUUGGGAGUUUUUAUGACUUUAAGUGGCUGCCCUUGCUUUAUUAUAUCAUGGAGGCAGCAGUAUUGCAUUGCCCUUGAAAUGUCAAGAAGCAAUAAAGAAUAAUGACAGACUGUACUGUAGCAGAGACAGUCUUACUUGUAUUACAAAUACACUGUUUAUUGAAAUCUGUUCAUCUUUUCAGAAAGUAUUAACUGGAACUGUAUAAUAUACAGUGUUUCAUAUUUCUGUGUAGUAUUGGUUACAAUCUUACUUGAAUCAACCAUGGAUUAAAAUCCAGUUUGAAGUGGCAAUAUAAAAGAUUAAAAUGAGUUAAUUGGUUAAUUUAUUUGUUAUUUAUUCCUGAGCAAUAUAUCAGCAUAUAAUCAGCAUGUAGGCAGUACAGCAUGAACAGGGUUUAGGUGCUGCAGGUAAUGUACUUUUUGACUAUCUGAAAAGAUAUGAAAGUGCACUUGCAAACAUGAAUAUGCUAACCUGUGAAUUAAUAUUCUAAUCUUAUUCUGGAUACUUAGAUACUUUUGUUCUUUGAGUCUGUGGAUGUAAGUGUGUACAUUUUUACAGUGACUUAUUUGAAUUUGAAGCUGGAAGUAGACACAGAAGCAUGUGAUCUUUGUGCCCCGUUUACUGUUUUCUGCAUCCCAUGUUUACAGGGGAAUAUUUUAAAUAUUCACUUUGAACAGUGUACUGUACCAGUCGCUGAACUCCUGUAAAUGAUGUAUAAUACAGAUGUAAAUGUUUGUACAGUAAAUGCCGUUUAGCUGAUGCCAUAAAGUGCUGUAGUUGUUAAUAACUGGCUAGAACUUGAAUAAUAUAUAUUAAAUAUUUUCAGCAGUUUCAGUGUUUGUGCAAAUAGUUUCAAUUUGAAUGACAACAUCCAGAUUUAAAGAUGAGAAUGUUGGUCCAUGUGAUGAGCUGUUGUAAUAAAAAUCUGCCUUUUAUAGACUCA